AUGGUCCUCUACAUGGUUGGCUUGGGCCUUGGCGACGAAGAUGACAUCACAGUCAAAGGGCUCAAAAUUGUGAAGAGCGCAGACUUCGUUUUCCUCGAGGCAUACACCAGCAUCCUUGGCGUUGACAAAAGUCGUUUAGAGGAGCUUUACGGGAAAUCUAUCACAGUCGCAGACCGUAAUAUGGUCGAAACACAAGCAGAGGAGCUAAUUUUAGAACCCUCUGUCAAGAAGAACGUUGCGUUCUUGGUGGUCGGCGACCCGGUCUGUGCGACAACUCACACGGAUCUAUGGCUGCGAGCGAAACAGCGGAAUAUAGAGGUCCGAAUUGUUCACAACGCUUCGAUCAUGGGGGCGGCAGGUGCAUGUGGGCUACAACUAUACAACUUUGGGCAUACCGUGAGCAUCCCAUUUUUCGAAGAAAAGUGGAGGCCGACGUCUUUCUACCCAAAAAUAAAAAUCAAUCGUCAGGGGGGUAUGCAUACUCUCUGUCUGCUGGACAUCAAAGUAAAAGAGCCGGAUUUCCAGGCUAUGAUGAAAGGAAAGACAAAGUAUUUACCUCCGAGCUUCAUGAGCGUAAACACAGCGUCAGAACAACUAUUGGAAGCCGAAGAUUCACACAAGGAACACGCUUACGAUGGUAGCCAAACACUGUGCAUUGGGCUAGCUCGUAUGGGACAAGACAGCCAGUGUAUUCGCGCGGGAACAUUGGAGGAACUUAAAAAUGCUAACAUGGGAGAGCCUUUGCAUUCCCUUAUUAUAUGUGGUGAUUUGCACGACCUGGAAAUGGAGGUUUUGAAGGAAUAUCUUGUAGAA